AUGCCAGCUGGGGGCCGGGCCGGGAGCCUGAAGGACCCCGAUGUGGCUGAGCUCUUCUUCAAGGAUGACCCGGAAAAGCUCUUCUCUGACCUCCGGGAAAUUGGCCAUGGCAGCUUUGGAGCCGUGUACUUUGCCCGGGAUGUCCGGAAUAGUGAGGUGGUGGCCAUCAAGAAGAUGUCCUACAGUGGGAAGCAGUCAAAUGAGAAAUGGCAGGACAUCAUCAAGGAGGUGCGGUUCCUACAGAAGCUCCGGCAUCCCAAUACCAUUCAGUACCGGGGCUGUUACCUGAGGGAGCACACGGCUUGGCUGGUGAUGGAGUAUUGCCUGGGCUCAGCUUCUGACCUUCUAGAAGUGCACAAGAAGCCCCUUCAGGAGGUGGAGAUUGCAGCUGUGACCCACGGGGCCCUUCAGGGCCUGGCUUAUCUGCACUCUCACAACAUGAUCCAUAGGGAUGUGAAGGCUGGCAACAUCCUGUUGUCAGAGCCAGGCUUGGUGAAACUGGGGGACUUCGGCUCUGCAUCCAUCAUGGCACCUGCCAACUCCUUCGUGGGCACCCCGUACUGGAUGGCUCCAGAAGUAAUCCUGGCAAUGGAUGAGGGGCAGUACGAUGGCAAGGUGGAUGUCUGGUCCUUGGGCAUAACCUGCAUCGAGCUGGCGGAACGGAAACCACCGCUGUUUAACAUGAAUGCGAUGAGUGCCUUAUACCACAUUGCACAGAACGAGUCCCCCGUGCUCCAGUCAGGACACUGGUCUGAGUACUUCCGGAAUUUUGUCGACUCCUGCCUUCAGAAAAUUCCUCAAGACAGACCAACCUCAGAGGUUCUUCUGAAGCACCGCUUUGUGCUCCGGGAGCGGCCACCCACAGUCAUCAUGGACUUAAUCCAGAGGACCAAGGAUGCUGUUCGGGAGCUGGACAACCUACAGUACCGCAAGAUGAAGAAGAUACUGUUCCAAGAGGCACCCAAUGGCCCUGGCGCUGAGGCCCCAGAGGAGGAGGAGGAGGCAGAGCCUUACAUGCACCGGGCGGGGACACUGACCAGUCUAGAGAGUAGCCAUUCAGUGCCCAGCAUGUCCAUCAGCGCCUCCAGCCAGAGCAGCUCAGUCAACAGCCUAGCAGAUGCCUCUGACAAUGAAGAGGAGGAGGAGGAGGAGGAAGAGGAGGAGGAGGAGGAGGAAGGCCCUGAAGCCCGGGAGAUGGCCAUGAUGCAGGAGGGCGAGCACACAGUCACCUCCCACAGCUCCAUCAUCCACCGGCUGCCGGGCUCUGACAACCUCUAUGAUGACCCUUACCAGCCAGAGAUGACCCCAGGCCCUCUCCAGCCACCUGCAGCCCCGGCUCCCACCUCUACCACCUCUUCUGCCCGCCGACGGGCCUACUGCCGCAACCGGGACCACUUUGCCACCAUCCGUACUGCCUCCCUGGUCAGCCGUCAGAUCCAGGAGCAUGAGCAGGACUCAGCCCUGCGGGAGCAGCUGAGCGGCUAUAAGCGGAUGCGACGGCAGCACCAGAAGCAGCUGCUGGCGCUGGAGUCGCGGCUGAGGGGUGAGCGCGAGGAGCACAGUGCGCGGCUACAGCGGGAGCUCGAGGCACAGCGGGCUGGCUUUGGGGCUGAGGCCGAAAAGCUGUCACGGCGGCACCAGGCUAUUGGUGAGAAGGAGGCGCGAGCUGCCCAGGCUGAGGAGCGUAAGUUCCAGCAGCACAUCCUUGGGCAGCAGAAGAAGGAGCUGGCCGCCCUGCUGGAGGCGCAGAAGCGAACCUACAAACUUCGGAAGGAGCAGCUGAAGGAGGAGCUCCAGGAGAACCCCAGCACACCCAAGCGGGAGAAGGCUGAGUGGCUUUUGCGGCAAAAGGAGCAACUACAGCAGUGCCAGGCGGAGGAGGAGGCUGGGCUGCUGCGGCGGCAGCGCCAGUACUUUGAGCUGCAGUGUCGCCAGUACAAGCGCAAGAUGCUGCUGGCUCGUCACAGCCUGGACCAGGACCUGCUGCGAGAGGACUUGAACAAGAAACAGACACAGAAGGACUUGGAGUGUGCACUGCUGCUCCGGCAGCAUGAGGCCACACGGGAGCUGGAGCUACGGCAGCUCCAGGCCGUACAGCGCACACGGGCUGAGCUCACCCGCCUGCAGCACCAGACGGAGCUGGGCAACCAGCUGGAGUACAAUAAGCGGCGUGAGCAAGAGUUGCGGCAGAAGCACGCGGCCCAGGUUCGCCAGCAGCCCAAGAGCCUCAAAGUACGUGCAGGCCAGCGUCCCCCGGGCCUCCCGCUCCCCAUUCCUGGGGCUCUGGGACCACCUAACACAGGCACCCCUAGAGAAGAGCAGCCCUGCUCAUCUGGCCAGGAGGCAGACCAAAGAAUUCUGGGAGAGGAGGAAGCCGUUCCAGAGAGAAGGAUUCUGGGGAAGGAAGGGGCUGACUUGGAGCCAGAGGAGCAGAGGAUAUUGGAGGAAGAGUCAGGAACCCCUAGUCCCAAUUCACAAAAACAUAGGAGCUUGGUUGAUGAGGAGGUUUGGGGGCUUCUUGAGGAGGAGAUAGAGGAGCUUAGAGUUCCAUCCCUGGCACCCCAGGAGAGGAGCAUUGUGGGCCAGGAGGCAUCCGGGGAAUGGAGGUUGUGGGGAAAGGAGGAUGGUAGCCUCUUGGAUGAGGAGUUUGAGCUUGGCUGGGCCCAGGGUCCAGCACUGACCCCAGUCCCUGAGGAGGAGGAGGAAGAGGAGGAGGGGGCUCCAUUUAGGACCCCGAGGGAUCCUGGCGAUGGCUGUCCCUCACCAGACAUCCCCCCUGAACCCCCUCCAACACAUCUGAGGCCCAGCCCUACUAGCCAGCUCCCUGGACUCCUGUCCCAUGGCCUCUUGGCUGGACUCUCCUUUGCAGUGGGGUCCUCCUCUGGCCUCUUGCCCCUGCUACUUCUGCUGCUGCUCCCACUGCUGGCGGCCCAGGGUGGGGGUGGCCUGCAGGCAGCCCUGCUGGCCCUUGAGGUGGGGCUGGUGGGCCUCGGGGCCUCCUACCUACUUCUUUGUACAGCUCUGCACCUGCCCCCCAGUCUCUUCCUACUCCUGGCUCAGGGCACUGCACUAGGGGCUGUCCUCAGUCUGAGCUGGCGCCGUGGCCUUGUGGGUGUCCCUCUGGGCCUUGGGGCUGCCUGGCUUCUAGCCUGGCCGGGCCUGGCUCUACCUCUGGCAGCUGUGGCAGCUGGGGGCAAAUGGGUGCAGCAGCAGGGCCCCCGGAUGCGCCGGGGCAUCUCUCGACUCUGGUUGCGCGCUCUGCUGCGUCUGUCGCCCAUGGCCUUCCGGGCCCUACAGGGCUGUGGGGCCGUCGGGGACCGGGGCCUAUUUGCACUCUACCCCAAGACCAACAAGGAUGGCUUCCGCAGCCGUCUGCCUGUCCCUGGACCCCGGCGGGGUAAUCCUCGCACUGCCCGACACCCAUUAGCCCUGUUGGCAUGGUUUUGGGCCCUGUGCAAGGGCUGGAACUGGCGCCUGGCACGGGCCAGCCAGGGUUUAGCCACCCGCUUGCCCCCCUGGGCCAUCCACACACUGGCCAGUUGGGGCCUGCUUCGGGGUGAGCGGCCCAGCCGUAUCCCCCGGCUGCUACCACGCAGCCGGCGCCGGCUAGGCCCCCCUGCCUCCCACCAGCCACCACCAGGGGCCCUAGCUGGGCGGAGAUCCCGAAGCCGCCAGGCCCGGGCCCUGCCUCCCUGGAGGUGACGAACUCUAGCUCCUCCGCGACCCAGAUCUAGAGCAUUGAGCACUUUAUCUCCCACUACUCAGUGAAGUUUUUCCAGUCCCAGUCCUCUCCUCCCUUUCACCCCUGGCUCCUCGGUAUGCUUCCCCCUUCACCUCCUAGCCCUGUGGGCCGCUGGUCAGGCAGCCUCCUCCACCGUGGAGUGUGGAGAUUAUAUUUUGUGCUCUCCUGAGGCUCCCCGCCCCCCCCCCCCUAAGUUAUUGCUGUUCUCCCGCUGUGUGUGCUCAUCCUCACCCUCAUCAGCUCAGGCCAGGGGCCAGGGGUGGCAGUGGGUGGGAAGAGUCAUGUUUUUUUUUUCUCUCUUUGAUUUUGUUUUUCUGUCUCCCUUCCAACCUGUCCCCUCCCCCCACCAA